AUGAUGUUCAACAUCAUUUUAUCUGCUACUGCUGGCCUGGAAGAGCUGGAAAGAAUGAAAAUUUUAUGCAAUAUCCAGUCAAUACAAUCAUCGCUAGUUUUCGUUGCUCGCCCAAGUACAGUUGGUGCAGGUGGGAUAAUCGAAGCCACCGGUAAAUAUUUGAUUAUCUGGAGCCUUCAAGAGGAUGAAGGCACAUAUGCUGGCAGACUACAAGCAGCAAUUACUUCGAUGAUAAAACUGUCUGCGAUUACAGCCAAAGGUUGUGCGAUCAUUAUUGCUGAAUGGGCUGCAAAGUAA